AUGGCAGGAAGCUACGUCACAAAUUUCAACAUCCGGGGAUGUUUGUUGGUAGAAGAUUAUAAAACCCAAGAUCCAGCUCUAAGUGUUGAACUGACGACAGACGUCACUUUAGAGAACUGUGUUAUAAAAAUUAACUCGUACGAGUAUGUUAAAAAUCAAAUCGAAAAUCUCUCUGCAAGGAACUGUGAUGAACAAUUAUCAUUAAAAAGUGAAAUAAUGCGUAACGUAUCUUUUACUUUUACAGAAUUCAACAAAACACAUUUAUCAGUAAUUCUGAAAGACGCCGGGGUAAAUGCAGAAGCCUUUGCACAGGGCAUUUUGAAGGCAGAGGAACUUUGCAUCUAUGAAAAUAUGACCUAUUAUGAGCGCUCGUUCAAUAAUCCAAAUUCAGGAAUGCAUAAUAAUCCCCAUCUUCAGACACUCUACAAAAUGCCAAAUCUGAGAGUCUACAACUUUUCUAGCAACAGUCUUCUUCAAAUUCCAAGUACACUAAAAACAAUUCGUUAUUAUUAUCCAUCGUUGGAAAUCCUGGAUUUAUCUAAUAACAAUGUAAAAGAAACUUCCUUUUCACAGUUAAAUUCAUCUUUGAGUUCUGGUCCAUUGUAUAUCGACUUACGAAACAAUAAUAUCACAAACGUUAGUGAAAACCAGGUACAAGAGUUCUUGGAGAACGAUGUAAUAGUUGAUCUUAGAGACAAUCCCAUUACGUGUGACUGCAGUGCAGUGUUUUUGAAAAGCUACCUUUUGCGAAUUUCGACCGCAUGGCCAAAGUGGGCGACGACAGCGGAUAUUACAUGUAGUCAACCAUCUAAACUAGUUGACAAGUUAUUGGCUGACUUUGAUGACGAAUUCUUAUGCAAUAGCCACCCUUAA